AUGGAUCUCCGGCACCGUCGAGGAUUGUACGCAAUGCUCAUGCUUAUUUUAUACGGGAUAGCUGAUGUUGAUACAAGUUUGCCAGUGGAUAUACCAGCGGAAGAAAAAGCUCUUCCCCAAACCACACUCACCCACACGUCGACUUCUCCUCUGCCAACGACGACCGUCUCCACUACUUACAUGACAGCCAUCCCGCCCGUUCCGCCCAGCAACAGAGACCGAUUCCUCACCUUUGCGGAGUCCGGCCAUCAUCAGACCUUCAUGUUUGCCAAGGAUAACACAUAUAUACAGCUAGAUGGUGACAUUAUACAGAGGUUUCAGCUAAGAUUAUGUAGAGAAAUAUCAUUCAAAUUUAGAACGAGACUACCUCACGGUCUUCUAGUAUAUCACAACGUCAAAAACCCGGUAUUUAAAAUGCAGCCGUAUGCUUUGUACGUGAUCGUUGAGAAGGGAGAACUUAAAGUUGUUCACGUCUUCGGCAAGCACCUGACGUCAGUGACAGUCGGCAGAGCCCUCAACAGAGACCAGUGGCAUAGCGUCGUAGUCACCAUUGAUGUACAUGGAGCUAGGCUAAUAGCUAAAGUCGAUCACCUGAAGGAAGAAGUCUAUUUAAAGGGUUUAAGUUUCGAUACGAACUACGGCAUCACAGACAAUCUUACAUCAGUGAUCCUCAUUGGAGGUCUCAGCUCAGAAGAGAAGCUCCACGGUGUCAAAUACAUAAUCGAAUCCUUCGUCGGCUGCAUCAGCGACAUGGUACUUAGCUCUGGUAAAGCCGCCUCCGAUCUCCUCCCCAUAGUACCAUUGAUCGCGACGAAGCACGAGAACGUGAAAGAAGGCUGCAUCAAUAAAUGCAAAACUGUCGAGAACCUCUGCUUCGAAGGUUCCAGGUGCAUUAAUGAGUACAACGGGUAUAGGUGUGACUGCUUCGGCACGUUGUAUGAAGAACCACUCUGUGAUGUCUAUACGGCGACGAUAUUGACAUUACGCGGUUCCAGCUACGUGUCCUAUCGAGUUUACGAUUGGAAAGACCGUGUCCACUCCACCAAUACGAGAGUCAGCUUGCAUUUUAAGACCCGCUUCGACGAUUCCGCCCUGUUCUACGCCAGCGGACAGAUCGACGACAAACAUCACUACAUUGCCUUAUCAAUACAUCAGGAAAAAGUGGCGAUACAAAUAGAUUUAGGCGAUGGUCCAGUAGGAGACUAUCUAGGCGAUAAAGUCAACAACAACAGAUGGCACAACAUAACUAUCAACGUACAAGAGAAGCUGGUUAACGUUUAUCUGGAUGAUAUAACAGCGUCCUAUGUAAUUCCUGGAGACGCAAAAUUUGUUUGUAUUGAUCCAGAAAUCUAUAUCUGUGGAGGGCCCGAUCUACAUAAAAUGAAGGGAUUAAAAUCCUUCAAUAAUUUCGCUGGCAAUCUUAAAUAUGUUUAUUACAAUGAUGUAUCCAUUCUUUAUGAAUUGAAACAGAAUAAUCCAAAAGUUCAUUAUAUUGGAGUGUUGGAUCCUCUAUUUGAAGAGGUGGACGUUGAAGUGAUCCCUAUAACGUAUCCCUUCGCUACGUCUCAUAUCUGGUGGCCUAUUAAUACGACGUAUAGUGUCAAUUUGAUUUUUGACUUCAAGACAAGUAAAAAUAUGGCUGUGCUGGCUUACAGUCAGAUCAAUGGGCAAGGUUACUUUGAGGUUAGAAUGGUAAAAGAGGAAAUAAGAUUUGAACUAGUACCAGACUUGGGUAAAAAUGUGACCGUUUUAAAGUCAGUUAAAUUCAACGUUAGCAACGACUGGCACAAUGUGGAACUUGAUUACAGAAAAGGACGAAUCAAGUUAACUGUUGAUCAUCAUAAUAAGCACGCACAAAUGUUUGGUCUAGACUUUCAAUUGCAAGAUAAAGUAGUUAUUGGUAGUGGUCUUAAAUCAGCCAAUCUUGGAUUGAUUGGAUGUAUGAGAAACAUCAAAAUUAAUGGACUUCUAAUUGAGCCCAGGUUUGUAAUCAAUACAGAGCGGGUGGUUGGUGAAGUAGCUAUAGAUGAAUGCAGAUACGUCGAUCCUUGCACGAGACCCAACACCUGCGAACAUGGUGGCAUCUGCUCUAUAAGGGAAGACAGAGUCAUUUGUAACUGUGACAAUACAGGCUACAUUGGGGAAAAUUGUCACUUCGCAACAUUCAGAAAGACGUGCGAGGAGCUGGCUCUGCUCGGCUAUACCAGAAAUGAUGUGUAUUUAAUAGACAUAGACGGAAACGGAAAGUUUCCACCAGCUCACGUGAAAUGCGAAUUCCAAAUUGAGGCAGAUUCUUCCACUACUGUUGUGGAACACAAUCUACCAAGCCAAGUGGAUGUAAGGUCAGCAUCCGGACAAGACUUCAGUUUCAAAAUCAAGUAUCGUGAAUUUACUGCUGAAAUGUUGCAAGAGUUAAUAUCCCACUCGCUGUUCUGUCGACAGUACAUCAAAUAUGAUUGCAAUAUGGCGCCCCUAGAGUUGCACAGUGCCACUUGGUUCAUUUCCUCUUCUAACGACACUGUUGAUUAUAUUGGGAAUGUCAAGAGAGGAUACUGCCCCUGUGGGGUGAAUGCGACGUGUGUCAACCCAACACAAUCGUGCAAUUGUGAUGCUAAUGAGAACAAAUGGCAUUCUGACGAAGGGACUUUAGUGGACCCUAAAAGCUUGGGUAUUACUGAGAUGUUCUUCCUACAGCAGAAAGACUUGACUGAGGAAGCACAGGGUAGAAUAACGUUAGGUCCGCUGGAAUGUGUUGAAACUAAUACUCAACGCUACGUAGUGACAUUUACCACUUCGCAAUCGUACAUAGAAGUUCCUGGUUGGAGGAAAGGAGAUAUCGCCUUCAGUUUCAGGACAACUGGCACCAGUGCUAUAUUAUUAUUCCAACCACCGAUACGUCCCAACUAUCCUUCGUUUAUGGUCGCUCUAACUAGCGAACACGAGCUGACAUUCAAUUUUACUCUAAACACGGGGACUACCAGGAAAUUAGUAAUCAAUUCUAAAAGGAAGUUAAAUGGCGGGGAAUGGCAUAAAAUCUGGAUUGAUUAUAACUUUUAUCAUGUCAGAUUUAUGCUAAACACUGAGUACCAAAUGUUGAAUCUCUUACUAGAAGAAGAGUUUGGUCCUUUUGAAGGUUCUAUGUUCAUUGGAGGUGCAACUGCUGAGCACCUGAAGAAGUCGGCCGUGAAUCAGGGCCUUAUCGGUUGCUUCAGAGGUUUGGUUGUCAACGGGGAGAUUCUAGACAUCUACAGUUAUAUGUCCGUCCACUUGUCUGAAAUUAUAAAGGACUGUAAGCCGUCCUGUGUACCAAACCCUUGUCAGAACAAGGCAAUUUGCAAGGAGCUUUGGUCCACUUAUGAAUGUAUUUGCAAGAAUCGGUGGGCGCAUUUGGGAGUCCAUUGCGAGGAAAAUAUUAACGAAAAAGCACUAACAUUCCAAACAAGGGAGGCAUAUUUGAAGAAAAAUUACCUAGUAGACAAUGAAACAAACGCAGAAAAGGUCAGACUCAAGAAAAUGAUGGUCGAGAAUGUCCUAAUGAACCUAAGAACAUACGACGACAACGCCCUAGUUCUUUACGCGAAUGACAAUUUAAAUAACUUCAUACAUCUAUUCAUAAAUAAUGGAACGGAAAUUAUUUAUUUAUUCAACCACGAAGACGAAAUAAUACAAAUGAACGUGACGUAUGAGAGAAUUAAUAAAGGGGAAAGUGUGCAAAUCGCUAUAAUAAGGACUGAAAACGCGACGACUCUGCACGUGAAUGAUAAAAAUACGACGAUCGAUAAAGUUGCAAAGCUUUUAUCUAAUUAUACUAAUAAGCCUUGGAAGAAUCCGGAAUUGGAGGUGAUACGUCCCCAAAGACCACCAGCGCCACCUACAGACUAUUUCCAAAUGAACCUUGGUGGUUACGACCCGUAUUCCUUACACCUGGCUCAACGGGCUGAGGUUCUACCGCAAGGGGGUUACGUGGGAUGUGUCAGGGGAUUCAAAAUCGCAGACCACGUGGUUGACCUGCCGAUGAAGGCACAGCAGAAUAUUGAACAAGAACUAACAGGCGUUUUACCAGAAUGCAAUAUGAAGUGUGACUCGGAGCCAUGUAAAAAUGGCGGAAUAUGCACCGAAGACUUCACCAAUCAGGAAAGCAGCUGUGACUGCGACCUCACGAGCUACUUCGGGGAGUACUGCAUGGAGGAAAAGGGGGCUGACUUCAACGGGGAGAGCAUACUUGAAAGGAAAUUUGUUUUGCCACAGACCAUUAACAAGGUAAAAAUAAAACUGGCGUUUUCAAGCAACGAUCUUCGUCAAAAGAACACGGUGCUUCUUCUGGUGCAAACCGAAAACAAACGCAGUUAUUACUUGCUAGUAGCCAUAACACAGGAUGGUUAUUUGAAGUUUGAAGAAGACCGCGAAGAUUCGGCUUAUGGCGCCGAAGUCAAGAAUAGGAACUUUUUAAACGGCAAGUCCCGUCACACAGUUUACUACACUCGUAUCGAAAACGAGACUAAACUACUAAUAGACAGAAUCGAGAUCCCCUUAGAGAAACUACCCCCACAGGGAUUGUGGGAGGUAAUCGAUAUUGGACGCAACGAAGUGCAAAUCGGGGGACUCAAUACAUCCGAUCCGAGAUUGAAGAUCUACAAGGGUUAUAAUGGAUGUCUGUCUAAUAUCUUAGUACAGAUAAAUGAUUAUGAGAUGAAACCCCUAGAAGAGUAUAUGCUGUUCACCCGAUCUGACUCGGAGACAGUGAAUGCUGUGAACGCUCAGGGUGUAAGGAGCGCGCAGUGCUCAGCAGAUUUUGAUGAGGCUUGGCCUGAACACGACCAGUUGGGGGCAACGCACAAUGGCAGUUUUCUUAUUAGUGUAGACAAAACGUGGGUGGAAGAUCCCCCCUCGAGGGUGCCUUUCGACUCGUUGCACACUCAGCCUGACGCUGAAGAGGAGAGCACAGACAGGAUCUUCAUAGCGCUGAUUGUUAUCUUCGUUUGUUGCCUGUGCUAUUGUGCAUCUCAUAUGUGGCGUACCCAAAAAGCCUACAAAAUGCGCUUAGAAAAGGAAACAGAUGACAACAUACUCAAGAAUAAGGAAAAGGCGACAAAACUACAGGAACCCAGUGUGUCAUUUCUACAGAUAAAAGAAGAGAUUGACAAGGAAAACGAGAAGAAAUCGAAUGGCGUCGUAAUAGAUGUUGUGCCGACUAUUAUUGUGGAGUCGAACGAAGAGAAACCGCCUAGUAGGAGAGGGUCCUUGAGGUUUAGAGAUAUGGUAGACAAAGACAUAGCCUGGGUCGCGCUGGAAGAAAAAGAUGAGCCAUCCGAAAGUGAGGACGCUGAUGAUGAAAGUUCCGAUGAUCACUCCAAUAUCGGAGAAAUACCGGAAGACAGUGAGAAUGAAGAAGAGGUGGAGUCGACUUCAAAGGAUAUCCCCACUUCAUUAACUCAACUACCCAAUAAGAUUGAAGAAGAAACGGCUAUUGAAUUAAUAACAAAUGCGUAA